GUUAAGAAAUGAGGAAAUGCAAACUCGUCUGGCUAGCAUCAGAAAACUUACUACUAUUGCUCUUGCACUUGGUCCAGAGAGGACAAGAACAGAAUUGGUUCCAUUCCUAACCGAUACCAUAUAUGAUGAGGAUGAGGUACUUAGGGAAAUGGCCAAACAAUUGGCAGACUUUGUUCCAUUGGUUGGAGGACCUGAAUAUGUCCAUUGUCUUCUACCACCAUUGGAAGGACUUGCAUCUGCUGAAGAAACGGUUGUGCGGGAUAAAGCUGUGGAGACUUUGCGAACACUUGCACCUAGUUUCUCACCCAAGGAUUUGGAAACUCACUUUCUGCCACUGAUCAAGCGUUUGGCAACAGGUGACUGGUUUACUAGCCGUACUUCUGCUUGUGGACUGUUUAGCGUGAUUUAUCGACAGUCUUCUACUGCUGUCCGUGCAGAACUGCGUCGCGCCUUUAAGCAGCUUUGCACUGACGAUACUCCUAUGGUCAGGCGUGCAGCUGCUAACCGUCUCGGAGAACUAGCUCGUUGUUUGGAACUAGAUGCGUUACGUUCGGACCUGUUACCGCUAUUACCUCCUCUUUCCCAACAGGAUGAUCAGGACUCUGUACGAUUACUGGGUGUGAAUGCGUCAGUAGAUUUCGCUGAAGUUCUUCCUACUGAAGAUGUCUUGACACACAUCAUUCCUCUUAUAAGAGGAGCUGCAGAAGAUAAAUCUUGGCGAGUCCGUUAUCAAUUAGCUGAUCACAUUACUGAUCUACAGGCUGCAGUAAAACCCCAACUUGCUGGACAGCACUUGGUAGACGUUUACCAGAUCCUUCUCAAAGAUCCAGAAGGAGAAGUUCGCGCAGCGGCUGCAGGCAAACUGAAGAAGUUUGCUUCGUCUCUAGCCCCUGAUAUUCGUGAAUCCGUAAUUAUGAAAACAUUGUUACCUAUCAUUCGGGAAAUGGUCGGUGAAACUAAUUUACAGGUAAAAACGGCUCUGGCCGGUGUCAUGAUGGCUUUAGCUCCGCUGCUUGGCAAGGAGAAUACAUUAGAACAUCUUCUUCCAUUACUGUUGAUUCAAUUAAAGGACGAAAAUCCAGAUGUCCGUUUGAAUAUUAUAUCUAAUUUAGAGUGUGUAAAUCAAAUUAUGGGAAUUACCCAACUUAGUCAAAGUCUACUUCCUGCUAUUGUUGAAUUGGCCAGUGAUACAAAGUGGCGUGUUCGUCUAGCAAUAAUUGAGUAUAUGCCACUAUUAGCCAGUCAACUUGGUUUGCAAUGUUUUAACGAGCGACUCACAAAUUUAUGCUUGGGUUGGCUAGUAGACGAUGUAUACGCUGUACGUGAAGCAGCUGUAACAAAUUUACGAAAACUUAUGGAUCAAUUUGGAGUCGAUUGGGCCAGUUCUCAAAUCAUCCCUCGUCUCAUACAACUCUCUUACGAUCCCAACUAUCUUCGUCGAAUGAUUUGUUUGGCAUCCCUUCAUCAGCUAGGUGAAGCUCAGUCUUGUCGGUCGGAAUUACUGCAGAAACAUUUACUUCCUACUAUAGUUCAACUGGGUCAAGAUCCUGUGCCAAAUGUUCGUUUCAAAGUUGGUCAAAUUUUGGGCAAAAUUGGCCAUCUUCUGGAUGCAUCGACUAUACAGACAUUUGUUAAACCAACGUUAGAAAAACUGGGCUCUGAUACAGAUCCAGAUGUUGUUUAUUAUGCCAAAGAAUCCAGCGAAUUACUUCAUCUUUCAGGAAGAUGA